CGACAUCAUUCUAUUCACCUUGUAAAUAUUCAAGGUUCGAAUACGCCUGAAAAGCCUAAGGCGUACCGAAGACUGAAAACUUAUAUUUGAAGGAAUCACGUAUCACCGAAUGCCGUAUUUAUUAGGCUUUUGAAACAUCAUUAAUAAAACACAAUACCACAAAAGAAGAUUUGCAAGAAGGUGUUUUCUCACGUAACUAACACCUUCAUGCUUUUGCGUUAUGGCUGCCGUGGUAUCACGUAAUUUAGAUUAAUGAUGGUCGAUGAGUGCUAACAUUUAUAAAAGUUAGUCGAACAUUGAAAGAACCAAAACUAAAAAUAGUUGAAAGUCAUCUCUGCUUAUAAAUAACCAUGGAAAUCAUCGUUAUAUUCUUCUAAUGAAGAAAACCAAUCCUCAACACUUUUUUCCAAGAUGUCCAUGAAUAUAACUGUUGUCGAUAAUCAAACUUACUAUGGCUGCGCUGAUCUAGGUUAUGCUAGUUCUCUUUAUUCUUAUAAAGAGGUAUAUGAGUGUGGAAUACAACAAGGUGAGUACUUACACAGAAAAACCAAAAGUGAUGCAUUUAGUAUUAAGCACAGUUCAUUCUCUGGGUUAAAAUUUUAUAUCCUCUUAUUCGCUAUAUGGACUAUUAUGUCAGUAGCCGGUGCCGCGGAAAUUGGUAUAUAAGGUAACGGUGAUCCAAGUAAGUACAUUUGAAGGUUUCAAGUAAGAAAGAGACGAAAACUAAGGACCCGAAAGUAGCACGAGUGCAGCUCAUUGCAAUAAGGCUAGGAACAUGGAGCCCGGAGACUUCACCCAGAGUUAGUAGUUGUGGUAAAUUUAGCACUAUAUAUAAAUAAAAAAACUAUAUAUACAUAUCUAUAUGAGAUGCUUAAAUAAAUCACAAGUAGUAAAUGUAUACUGGC